AUGUCGCUCACCCAACCUCCAGUGCGCCUGACCUCGCAAAAGAAUUUCGCCUACCGUCUCGUCCUCGCAACCCUCACCGGCAAGCCCGUACACAUCUCGCAAAUACGCUCCAACUCCCCUUCCAACCCAGGUCUAGCCCCUCACGAAAUCUCGCUCCUCCGCCUCUUCGAAGCUGUCACCAAUGGCUCCCAAAUGGAGAUCUCAUACAGUGGUACCAUCAUCGUGUACAAACCGGGCCUAAUCACCGGCAGCGCCGCCGGGCUAGGCAGCACCAGCAACGGGGGGACAAUCACACAUGAGAUCCCGUCUACUUGCACGCGCGGAAUCAGUUACUUCCUUAUCCCGUUGUGCCUGCUAGCGCCUUUCUCCAAGGCGCCUAUGAAUGUGCUCUUCACGGGACCCGGUGUGAUUACGUCCUCCACGCCGACGACGGGGGAUAUCUCUGCUGAUGCGGUGCGAAUGGCCAUUUUGCCGCUGUAUAAGCUCUUUGGCAUAUGGAACAAUAUCGAAUUGCGGAUAUUGCAACGGUCGAAUCCGGGCCGCGGCGGGAGGGGCGGCGGAGGGGAGGUGCAGUUGGUUUUUGGACAUCAGGUCCGCCUGCCCAAGACACUGCAUUUGAUGAACCCGGGCCGCAUCAAGACUGUGCGUGGCGUUGCGUAUUCAACGGGCGUGUCGGCAUCGAAUAAUGCGCGCAUGAUUCAGACGGCGAGGGGCGUGCUCAAUCCCCUAGUGCCAGAUACGUAUAUAGCGUCUGAUUCGUCAUCGGCGCCGCUCUUAAAGCCUGCUGGCUCUUCCGCCGCAGGGGGGAAAAACAAAACCGGCCUUGGGUUUGGUCUCUUCCUUGUCGCCGAGUCGUCUACGGGAUGCCUGUUUUCAGCGGACGUUGCCUCGCCGCCGGACGGGGGCGUGCCGCCUGAGGAUAUCGGUAAACGAUGCGCGUACCAGUUGCUGGAGACGAUAUCCAAGGGCGGCUGUGUGGCGCCCGCGGCCGCGCAGACGGUGUUGAUGCUUAUGGCGAUGGGGUCGGAGGACGUGGGACGCUUGCAGGUCGGGCGAGACGUGAUUGCAGACGAGGGCAUGAUCCAGUUUGCGCGCGAUCUGGCCAAGUUCGGGGCGUCGGGAUGGGGCGUGCGCGAUGCUGCAGACGAGAAGUACGAGGGCGAUGUGAUUGUGAGCGUUGUGGGACGAGGCAUUGGGAAUGUUGGUCGCAAGGUUGCCUGA